UGUAAAUAGCGUCCAUGUCCGCUGAGCUGAACCUGCUUUUAUUUUGGCGAGCCUCAGCGGAAGUCCGCGUGUUGUUGCCGCAGCUUGACUUCCGGACCGGAAGCAGCUCCGGUGCCGUCAGUCUCCAUCAGGCUGGAGGAAAAAGCACCGCAGACGAGGUUCAUCCCGGGGUUCCUAGCCUGAAGACCAACGGCGGGGUUGCGGGUUAGAUUCCCGGCGCCGCCGCUGAGCAGCGAAGCUCCGCCAGGACCGGACGGGGCGUGGUGAUGUCUGGGUUCCGCUAUAAAGGCGCCACGGAAAUGGGAACCAAGCGAGACGAGGAGCCGGUUGGCGACGCGGAGCUUUUGUCCCCCAGACAGGAAUGAGCGGCGGCCGGUGCUGGUGGGGCCGGGCGGCGGUGUAGCCGCCUGCGGAGCGCCCUGGCCGGGGAGAAGCGUGUGUGCGCAGCGCCCCUCCGCCCCCUGGCCCUCACUGCCAUGAGGCUCUUCGCGCUCUGCCUGCUCCUGGUCGGCGCAGCGAACCGGGCCCGGGCCACCGGGAACCUGACCGUGGACAGCAGCACCGACGGCGGCCGGAGGAACGGCUCCCGGUUCCUGACGAUCGGGGACGGGUCGUGGCAGGAGUUUGAGUUCCCGGAAAACACGGAGGGUGUGAUCGUGAUCUCCAGUCGGUACCGAGGCUCCGCGGACGGCGGCACGGUGCGCGUUCGCUCCCUGGACCCGGAGGUUCUGUCGGUGCUCAACGUGACGGAGGGCGGCGCCGCGGGCUCCGCGGGCCCCGCGGGCUCCGCCGGCAGCUUCGUGGUCAGCAUCCGCUCCGGGUUCCCGGGCAGGGCUCCGCUGCAGAUGCAGCUGCUGGGCCCGGACCGGGGCGCCGGCCCGGUUCUGAUCGAGGAGCGGACGGACUACAGCAUCCGGGUGGAGCCCGGCGACGACGAGCAGGCCAGCCGGCUGCUGCAGUCCGGCGGCCUGGCCCACUUCACGGAGAACCCGGUGCUCUUCGCCCUGCUGCCCCUCAUCUUCGUCAACAAGUGUGCCUUCGGCUGCAAGGUGGAGGUGGAGGUGCUGCGGGGGCUGCUGCGCCGCCCGGUGCCGCUGCUGCUGGGGGUUCUGGCCCAGUUCCUGGUCAUGCCGCUCUACGCCUACGGCGUGUCGCGCCUGCUGGCGCUGCCCAGAGCGCUGGCGCUGGGCCUGGUCAUCACCUGCUCGGCGCCGGGCGGCGGGGGCGGCUACCUGUACAGCCUGCUGCUGGGCGGUGACGUCACGCUGGCCAUCUCCAUGACGCUGGUGUCCACGGUGGUGGCCACGGCGGCCAUGCCGCUGUCGUCGGCGCUCUACGGCCGGCUGCUGGGCGUGCACGCCGCGCUCCACGUGCCCUUCGUGAAGAUCCUGGGCACCCUGCUCUUCAUCGCCAUCCCCAUCUCGCUGGGCAUGCUGGUCAAGCUGCGCCUGCCGGCGCUGACGCGCGUCCUGCUGGUGCUCAUCCGGCCCUUCAGCCUGGGGCUCAUGGUGGGCGGCAUCUUCAUGGCCUACCAGAUGGGCGCGUCCAUCCUGGCCGACGUGCAGCCGCAGAUCGUGGCGGUGGGGGUGACGGUGCCGGUGCUGGGGCUGCUGGUGGGCGCCGUCCUGGCCAGGGCGGCGGGCCUGGCCGCCCCGCAGAGGAGGACCGUGAGCAUCGAGGUGGGCGUCCAGAACAGCCUGCUGGCUCUGGCCGUCAUGCAGCUGUCCUUCCGGCGGCUGGAGGCCGACUUCGCGUCCCAGGCGCCCUUCAUCGUGGCGCUGAGCAGCACCUCGGAGAUGCUGCUCAUCGUGCUGGUCCACUUCGUCCAGAGGAGGCUGUGCGCCUCCGCCGACCUCAGGAGCGACGCCUGAUUGUAGCGGCUUAGGGUGGAGGCGGUGGACUGAUGCUGCUGCGGCUGCUGCGGCUGCGCAGUGAAGGACUUUUCUGCUUGUUUUAAUGUCGUUUUUAGUCUUUUUCAUGAAAACCAAAGGCCUUUGACCCCCUGAGACCGUUUUGUGUGUUGCUCCUUUUUCAGAUCAGAUUAUACUGUGAGGUCCUUCUUGAAGAUCUUCAUAGAAGAGAAAACCUUUGACAGAAGAUAUUUUUCUACCAGACCACUUUUUGUAAUCCUAACCUGAAGCUGUAUCAUGUUUACAAGUGAUCUACGUGUCUUAGCCUGAGGGGAACUCUGCCGUACAAGGAACACCGUGAAGGCUUAUUUCUUUUAGAAAGCGUUUACCACUGAUUGUGUCCCGGAUCUUUCACAUCCAUGUACUUGAAUAUUUGAAAAUUAAGAAAAAAAGCCAAUAAAGUCCUUGUGAGAGCUUUAA